CUCACAGAAACACACUGAACGCGGGAGAGGUAUUUAAAACUUUUAAAGAUCUGUCACAUUCACUGUCAUCUCGAAAACUGUGGUAUUUUUCAGUAUAUUAAUUAAUACCGCAACCGAAGAUUUUGCACCGGUCCUUUCUCGAGUCAGCCGAAGGAAACGUUAUUCCGUCAAGUCACCAAGAAAGUUCUUGAGCAUUACUGAAGAUUCGCUGACUGUGCAAACUAAGUAAGAAGACAACCUGUUGCCUCUGUUUCUAUACGUCUGUCUUCAGGAAGGCACUUGCUUCAAGCCAUGUGGUUAACAGCAUACAUACAUCCCUCCACCUUCCUGGCUUUGACCUUCUGCUACAUGGCCUCUGCAGGUCCAUUAUCUCGAAGCCCUUGUGAACUGCUGCCAGUUGGAGUGGGCCACCCAGUUCAAGCAGUGUUAAAAAGUUACACCGUCCUUUCUGGAUGUGCUAGCCGAGGAACCACUAGCCACCCUCAGGAAGUACACAUCAUCAACCUACGAAAAGGCAAUGCUCAAGGGGAAGAGAAAGCAGCAGAGGUGAAGCUACAUCUGCGGCCCAUCCAGUCUUUGCGUGUGCAUCAGAAACCGUUGGUUUUUGUCCUGAACUCCCCUCAGCCGAUAAUCUGGAAACUUCAUACAGAGAAUCUAGCCCCAGGAGUCAAACGCAUUUUCCACGUUGCAGAGGGUUCUGAAGUUCACUUCGAGGCAGGGAACUUCUCUCAGUCCUGUGAGGUGAAGAUAGAAACUCUUCCUCACCGCAACGAGCACCUGCUGUCAUGGGCCCAACAACGCUAUAGGGCAGUUACUUCCUUUAGUGAGCUCAAAAUGGCUCACGACAUCUACAUCAAAGUUGGAGAAGAUCCUGUCUUCUCAGAGACAUGUAAGAUUGAUAACAAGUUCCUGUCAUUGAACUACCUGGCCAGCUACAUCCAGCCCCAGCCAUCUACAGGGUGUGUUCUUUCAGGUCCCGAUUAUGAUCAGGAGGUCCACAUCAUUGAGCUGCAGGCGCCAAACUCCAGCAGUGCAUUCCAGGUGGAUGUGAUCGUGGAUCUAAGGCCAUUAGACGAUGACGCUCCCCUCCACCGUGACGUUGUGUUGCUUUUAAAAUGUGAGAAGUCAGUGAACUGGGUGAUCAAAGCUCACAGAGUCAACGGCAAACUGGACAUAGUGACGUCAGACAGUGUCACUUUGACUGGAGACACAGAAAGGCUGAUGCAGGUGUCAAAGACAGUGAAACAGCAGCUGCCUGCAGGACCUCAGGCUCUGAUCCAAUGGGCAGAGGACAAAGGAUUCAUACCAGUCACAUCCUACACCAACACCCCAGUCGCCAACCACUUCAACCUGCGCCUCAGAGAGCAAGAUAUAGGGAUUGUAGAUGACAGCAUGUUUCCACCAGAACUGUCCAUUCUACGCAAUGUCAACCCACUUCCAAAGCCAAGCGACCGGGAUUUUCCGGCAAGGACAGGGCUGCCCUUUUCUUUCCUGCCGUCCAUGGAGAGGAGUCUUCCAUUUCCCCCUCUGACCCCAUCUCUGGAAGAUCAGCUCUCUCAGACUGGGGGGUUUGAAGAGCAGAAGGGGGCUCCAAGUGUAGGAUUCAGUGUGCAGUGUGAGAAGAACAGAAUGGUGGUCAGCAUUGACAAGGAAACUCUACAGGCAAAUGGGUUUGGUAAGGCCAAUAUUACUCUCCAGGAUUCUCAAUGCAAAGCAACCUUCAACACCACCCACUAUAUACUGGAGACUCAGCUGUCAGGCUGCAAAACCGCAAAAUACCCCUCCCACCCCAGCCAAGUGUCCCUCUAUGUCAAUUCUAUUGUUAUCAGCCAAUCAGAACAGAGGGAUGGGAGUGGCUGGCCUGGUGAUUAUGAAGAUCUGGAGUCAGGAGAUGUAUUCCCAGGAGAUGCACAGGUUACAGAAAAACAUUUGCCAGAGAGCGGACAUCCCACCACUAUCUUGUUCAACUGCACUUACCGUAAGAAUCAAGACAUAUCUGAUGAUUCCUCUGCAAAUCACCUGAACAAUGUAACAUAUAGUAUGGAGCUGUACAAUGAUCCCCACUACCAAAACACCCAGUCAUUCCUAACCAUCGCUGAGAACAGACGCAUCUAUGUGGAGAUUUCAGCCACUAAAGCAGACCCAAACCUUGGGUUCAUGAUCCAGAACUGCUUCAUCUCUCCAGACUCCAAUCCUGACACACAGUCCGGACUGGAGUAUUUCGUCAUAGAGAACAUCUGCCCCAAAGACGAUUCUGUGCACUAUUACCCCGAACGAGGCGAUUUCCCCUUCCUUCUUACUCAAACGGACCACAAACGCUUCAGUUUCACCUACAGAUCCAAGUUCAAUGUGUCAUUGCUCUUUCUGCACUGUGAGAUGUCCCUCUGUUCCACAAGAAAUGACAAGGAGACAAACAUGCCAGAGUGCAUGUUGCCAGAUGAAGCCUGCAGUUCCCUCAGUUUGGAAAACAUCAUUUUCAUGAUGCUGAACACCAAGCCCUUAACCAAGCCACUGGUUGUCAUCUCUGACAAUACCCAUGACACUGUAAUGGUCACAGAAGAGCCCAGGAAAGGUCAGCCAGACAUCAUUUAUAUCCUUGACACGCCGACUGUGGUGGGCAUCGCGUUUGCAGCCUUUGUGAUCGGAGCCCUUCUAACAGGAGCUCUAUGGUUCAUCUACUCGCAUACAGGUGACGCAGCUGCGAGGCGGCCAGUGGCAAAGUCUCAACCAGUGUCUGAGAACAGCAGUGCAGCUCACAGCAUCGGAAGCACUCAAAGUACGCCGUGUUCAAGCAGCAGUAAUGCAUAGAAACUUCAUAGAACAGCUGGACCCUGCUCUGUGACAGCUGCUGUUUCCAUUGGCAACUAUCUGUGCUGUACACAUUUACAUUUAGCUAAUGCUUUUAUCCAAGAGUUCAGGGAGCAAUAAAGCGAUAUCUCAUACAGGAGCAAUAAAACAAUAGCUACUAAUAUCAAGUUACUAGUUUCCACAUUUGUGGAAGAAAUUCUCGUAGUGGAACACCAGGCGAUUACAAGUAUAUACUAAAUAUUACUCAUAUUUGAAAAUCAAUGGAAUUUUUAGGUAGAAAAAAAGGCCUGCUAAAUAAGCUUUGUUUGAGGCCUAAAAAAUACCGAAGAUUAGUAUUUAAAUGCUGCUGAUUUCUGAAACCCAACAAGAGAGUGUUAUUUUACCUUAUAUGGUUGAGAUCACUGUGAAAAAAACAAGAGCUGUUUACAGCGGUCAUUAGGCCGUUUAGAGGAACAGCCAGUUCAGUAAUAAUUCUGGUAGUGUGGUUUCCAUCUCUGGACGUAAACAAACAUCAGUGCCUUACUUAAUCAACCAACAACAUAUAAACAAUUGGACAAGAGAGAAAACAUCCCCAUUUCAUUUCUUAUAUAUGGUGAGUUUAAUGUUUGUUUGUCAAAAUCAGUUGCCCAUCAGAGAUACUUUAUCUCUUUGUGCUAUAUUAUAGACCAUUUUGCAAGAAGUAAACAACAGUGGUCCAGAUUAACUUUCUGUUUCACUUUUCAGUUUUUAAUUCAUUUCUAAACUUCUGUUGGUUGUAUUUUGUUGUUUAAAACAGGAAGUGCUUCUGGACCAGUGUUAUUAACGUCUUGCAAAAAGGUCUAUAGUAUUCUAUAUACUAUAAAGCUGACUUAUUUUUUAAUAACCACAUAGUCAUAUCUUAUGGCUGGGAUAACCAGUGGUCUUUUUACAUUGAUGAAACAGUUUUUCUAUAUUGUUAAAUUAUGUACAUAAUGUAUAUUUACUAUAAAUAGUUAAAAGUAUAAAUAGUUUUAAUAUAAAAAAAGUUUAUAUACAGUGGUUAAGUUGUACAAGCGGUGUCCCAGACUUUUCCUUUGAGAAUAUUAUAUUUAGACUCCCCAACCAAAUUCCAGAUAGUUGUAAUGAGAAGUAAUUUUUUUCCAAAAAGAAAUAUAGAUUUGAUAUAAUGUAAACGCUGGGUAUUAUUAUAAACAUGAUUUUGACAAACACCUGAUAUUUUUAAAUCAUGCAUUUUCCGUGUAAAAUAAUAAACCUUUGUCACAAAAGAUGUAUAUAAUCUAAUGCCAAAGAAAAGACGUCUUUUAGUGUUAGAUAAUGUAACCCCUACAAUAUACUGUAUUUGUUAAGAUACUAACCAACCACAAUAUUGAUCAAAAUCCACACAAAAAAAUCAUUACUUAGUUUUUGUGAAAAACAUUUUGGAAUUUUGUAUGAACAUGCAUAUAGAAACACUUUUUAAGUGCUAGUAAAUGUAUAAGUGCAAGCCAGAAUAAUCCCACCGUGCAACUUUACAUGAAUGUUAUGAAAAUUAAAGUGCCAUAAGGUUGUGUAUACACAUUAUUACAAAUGAUUAUUUUAGAGAUAAAAUGAGAAAAAGAAGAAAAUUGGUGGUAUUUGCUUUGUCCUAUGCACGUUAUAAUGUGUAUAUCCUAUGAUGUGAAAAUAUCCUAAAUCUGUUAGUUUUUGCUAAAUGUACCUAUAGAAUGUAUUUUAUUUUACAUCAGAAUGUCAAUGUUUAAUGUAAAAUGUAUGUAAAUGUAUUCUGUAAGAGAAGAGAGUCAGAAUUUAUACAUUUAUUUGUGUAUAAAAUUCUAUUUUUCCAGAGAUAUAUACAAAGAGCCACCCUAUAAUUUUAGCCGCAUACUGUGAAUUUUUGUGGGCAUAUUUCUAUAAAAUAUGUUUUCUCUAAAUCCAAACAUAAUCCUUAGUGCUGAAGUGAGCUGCAUUAUUGCAUUCACCUAUAUUUUUCUAACAUUACCUUACAAAAUCAUAUGUAAAAUGAUUUUAUUGUAGAUAUUAUAUGUUUGAAUAACUAUCUUUUAUAAGAGAACACUAUUUUAAUUGCAAUAUAAAAUAUAUUUUAAUGCAAAUGUUCUAUUUCUCUUAAGGUCUUCAUUGUUGGUGUGUGUGUUGGGGUCCAUGUGGGGGUUAAAUCAAAGAAAUACAUUCUGUAAACAGUUGUAUUGUCAUCUUGAAAUGUUUAAGUGUUAUUCAUAAUUGUUAUUCAAUAGUCACUUAUUGGCUGUAGAGGUAACAACGGCCUUAGAGUUUUUAUCUGGAAUAACAAUCUCAAAGGCCUUUCUCUCAUUCCAGGACGCACUAUUGUCUGGUGACAAAAACUUUAUCUGUAAACUUAGUUUUAAACUGAAAACUGUUUUGGACUGCACACAUCGACCUUUCUGUAUACCUGAUGGUAAAACUGAUUAUCAGAAUAUUUCUUUCUGUUGUGCGUGAUUGAAACAUCUUUCAAAUCAUAUUCUUUUAUCUACCUCAUUUGUUUGUGUCUAUGUAUCUGUGUGCAUUUUGUUUUCUUGUCAAAAAAGUUUACUGUACAUAUUGUGUACAGCUUAAUGUUUCAUCAAAUAUAUUACAAUAAUGUAAAGUUUUAUUUUGUCAAUUUGACACCUCUGAUGAUAGGAGAAACUGAAAAAUGUAAAUAUGACCCCACCAGAUUUAGAUUUUAAGAAUUUUAAGCUAUCUGGCUAUGAAACUAAACAUUAGUUCUGUGUCCUUUGUGUAUUUGUGAAUAUAUCAUGCUGUAAAUAGGCAUGCUAAAUUUAUAUACCAAAUACAUUACUGUAAUCUUC